UUCCACCAUUACCGUGUGGUGAAUUUCGUGCUGCAUUUUUGGAAGCCGUUUGUACAGAAUGUUGGUCCAGGCCGUGACUAGGUUGUCGACAGCGCGGCAGUGUGUGCUGCACCACGUGAGACGUAACAUUGCCGCAUCAGCUGUCCUUACCCAGAAGGCUGGGGCACUCGACCCCAUCCAGCAGCUGUUUGUGCAGAAGAUCAGAGAGUAUGGUCAGAAGAGCAAGUCAGCAGGAGGUAAACUGGUGGAUGCCACAGCUGCUCAGGAGAAAGAGUUAAAAGCAGAAUUGGAAAAAUUAGACAAACUUUAUGGUGCCAGCGGUCAAGAUAUGACACAGUUUCCCAGUUUUAACUUCUCAGACCCUGAUCUAGAGCCCCUGGGUGUAAACAUAGAAGUAAAGGAAGUCGCAGAAUCACCGGCACAACAGCAACAACUACAGCAAGAAGAAGAAAGGAAGGAAUCUAGGCCAUACUUCGACUAUUAAUGAAUUUAUUUAACCUAGUUGCCUUCCAAAUAUACAGUUGUUAACAUAGCCAGAUUGCUGGAGAGAAACAGUGCUGAGUCAGAAAAUGUGAAAAGUCCAAAUUCAUGAGUGCUAAACUAGCUUUGGCUAGCUGCUAGAUGAACUGAGAGUCUGGAGAUCUAACACCACUUACACAAAACAUCAUAAAUCAGUAUUUCUUAAGUUUUCUUAGAUAUGACAUUGCCUUAUGGCACUAUAACCUACAGGCAAUGUCAUUUACAAAAAAUACAUAAGAAAUACGACUUUUUGUCACAAGGUGGCCGCAAAGAACAUAAUAACCUCUUUGUACCUGCCUCUCAGUUGUCUCAAGGUCUGAAGGAAGUGUAGUGUCAAACUUUGCCAUGUGUUUUAAUUUCUCUCCAUCAAAAAGCCCCAUCAUCAGAAUCGUUGAAGUCAGCAACAUCGUUUUGACUGAGAUUGGCGAAUGUGUUUUGAAUUUUGUUGCAAUCUAUCAACACUGAAAUGAAUAGGCAGGUGUAAACUCGUGUAAAUACAGCAGAACAUUUGUAAUCCGGUUUGAAAAAGGAAACAUUAAAACUGUAUCCUGUGUGUUAAAUGA